UGUGUAAACCAGUGAGGCUACUGACCAUCCCAGAGGAUUUCUUAAAAAGAGAUAGCAGCUCCCCAGUCACACUCAUUUAUGCUAGAGCAUCAGCACGUUAAGCUUGGAUUUUUACUGAACAGUUUCCUGAUUGAAAAAGUAUCUGGUUGACAAUGCGUGAGGCAGUUCUCUCUCUGGUGUUGGUCUCCUGCCUGGCUCUUAGCUUGGCCAACCGCGUCUACGUGCACCCCUUCGGCCUCUUCGCCCUCGGGAACAUCAGCUGUGAGGUCAUCCAGUCCAACGAGCCUGAGCAGGUGGAAGUGGUGAAGGCCACGCCCAUUGGUCUCCAGGACAACACAGCGCCUGACCUCCGUGACCUCUCCAACAGCAAUGGAAUGGAGAACAGCACCCAGCGCAAGGAUGUCCUGGCAGAACUCCAGAACAUCUUAGGCUUGCGAAUGUACAAGGUCCUGACCAACAGCCAGAAGGACUCCAACACGUUGUACUCCCCCGUGAACGUCUUCGGAACGUUGGUGACCCUCUACCUUGGGGCAUCCAAGAAGACGGCUGUCCCAUACCAACAGCUGCUGGGUAUCUACAAGGAGACAGAGACAGAGAAUUGCGUCUACCUCAUUGAUGGACACAUGGUGCUCCGCACACUGCAGGAGAUCAACGCCCUGAUCGACGGCCCCCGGGAUGAGCUGAGGACCCUGGUGUGGAGCUUCAUCACCGAGGACGGUGAGAUCUCCAAGGACUUUGUGCGGGGAGCACAGGACUUCUCUGACGCCUCGUACACUCGCUCGGUGGACUUCACCAAGCCUGAGGACGCUGAGAAGGAGGUGAACAGUUUCAUUCAGAAGACAUCAGAUGGAGACAUCAAGGAGAUUUUCCAGAACCUCAGCUCAACCACCAAUUUCCUGUUUGCCAGCUCAGUCCAUUUUAAAGGAAACUGGAGAACAGCUUUCCAGCCAGAGGCUACCUCCAUGCAGGACUUCAAGGUGGAUGAGGAGACCACUGUGUCCGUUCCUCUGAUGACCCACACGGGAGAGUACAAGUACCUGAAUGACAAGGGUAGGAAGUGCACCGUGGUGAAGCUGGGUCUGAGCAUGCGGACCUACAUGCUGCUGGUGCUGCCCUACGAGGGAGCCAGCCUGCAGGACAUCGAGAGCCAGCUCCAGACCGAGGUCCUCUCCAAGUGGUACCAGCACCUGAAGGAAGGAUAUCUGGAGCUGUCCUUGCCCAAGUUCUCCCUGACUGGCUUAACAGAUCUGAAGUCCUUGCUCACUGACAUGAAUGUGGAGGAAUACCUGCUGGGAUCAAAAGCUCAAUUCCAAAGGCUCAGCAACAAGGAGAAGUUCACAGUUGAUAAGGUGUUCAGCAAGGUGGUGUUUGAGAUGUCAGAGGAGGGAUCCCAGGUAUCCAAUAAGACAGAAGACGGGCGAGUUCCGCUGAAGCUCACCGUGAACAGGCCCUUUCUUUUUGCCAUUGUUGAGGGCAACUCCAAUGCCAUACUCAUGUUGGGCAAAAUCAUUAACCCUGCUGUCUAGUGAGCCCUGUGGUGCCCAUUCUUUGGAGAUUUUUUUUUAAACCUGAAUUCCAUUGGUAGCCUCUGAGCUUUUGUUCUAGUGGUGUUUGAUAAAUGGUAAAUUCAUUAUAUGCCUCGAUGUUUUAAUGGUUUUUGGACUGAUGUUUAUUUAUGAGUUCACUAUUAACGAUAUGCAGGGAAGUAUAGCAAUAAUGUAUACAGUAAAUACAAAUUCUGCAUAGUGCUUCACAUGUAUAUUAUGGCUUGUUCUCUUAAGAUGACAUUGAUCUGACAGAUUAUGUUUGUAUGUCUUGUUUCAUGUCCGAAUAAGUCUCCCUGCUAGCAUCAUUUAAUUUGCAAUAUAUAGUGUCCAUAAGGCAGCAAAGGUUAUCUUUGUUACUGUUAAAGUAGUGAAAAUAUAGAGAAAGAUCUAGACUAUCCUAAUGCUACCACUGAUAGGAGUAGCAUUAGCAUUUAAAACAUCUGAGCUAGACUUGCUUUCUGUUCAGAGAAACCCCUAACUUUAAAUGUGAAUAUUUUUUUAUUAAAUGUACAGACUAUUUUGUUGUUUCCAUACUGUACAUGUAUACUUGAAUAAAUGUAUUUUUGUUCUGGAAA